AUGUCGCGCCCCGAGCGUCUGCGCACGCGAACGCCUUCGAAAUCCGAUAGCGCUCUACCCUUCAUCGUGAUCAUCACCACCGUCUCUGUGGCUCUAAGCACGAUCUUCGUCCUCUUCGCCGCAUGCACUGGCCGUCUUUCUACAACCCGAUCCUUCGCCAUAGGAAGACUUCGGGAGUCCGAGCUCCGUGCACUAUCUUUCGAGGAUGACGAAGUUCCAAUCUUCUAUCCAAUGCUCGACCUGCCCGUUGACGCCGAAGUGGAUCAACGCCCGCUGGUCAAGGUCGGCUUCGAAGAGACCGUGCACUUUCACUGGGACAACAGCACGUCUGCGCGCGAGUACUUUCAGAUGAUACCUUUCGGAAGCGUCGGACAGCGCCAUGGAAAGCAGAAUCGUGCGUUCGCUACGGCGGUUUUUCAUAUGGAGCACUGCUACCGCAUCUUCCACUCUGUCUACGUUUCUGACGAUAUCCCUGGGAUUCAAUGGGAACACAUCAAUCACUGCGUCAACUACCUCCGCCAGCAGAUCCUAUGCACCGCAGACCUCACGCCUGAGAUGGGCGACUUCAUGGCUCGCGAUCCAGGAGAAGCACGCGAGGGCUCUGUACGCGUCUGCAGAGACUUUGGCGCGAUGUACGACAGCGCGGCGUAUAACUGGUUCUCCUGGCUACGAUACGCGAAGGCGCACAACAUCACUAUACCCGCGAAGUGA